AUGAAUGGCAAACAAUUAAAAUAUCAAUUUUGUCCAAAAAAUUUUAGUAAUUUUGCUCUAGAUAUUUGUGGUGGUGGAGAGUAUCGCAGAGCACCACUUGUUAUAUUUGAUAAUAAUGGAAAUACUAGUCAGUUAUUUUAUUAUCAGGACGGAUAUCUUAUUAAUAAGAAAAGCCAUUUGGCAUUAAGUGCAUCUUCAGAAGAUGAUCCUGAAAGAAUUGAAGUGAUUCAAUCACCACAAAGAAAUCAAGCUGAACAAUUAUGGAAAAUAUACGAAAGUAAUAAAAAGGGAUGUGUUAUUUGGAGUGUUAAAUAUCCAACAUUAUGUAUGACAGUUGAAGAAGGUAAUUAUUCUGAUGAUACAUCUAUUAUUCUUCAACAAUAUGACAAGAGUGGAAAUCAACGGUUUGUCAUCAAUUGUAAAUAA